AUGACACUCUUGCCAGACAUCAAGGCCGCAGAUGCCGCCUGCUGCGGCGGCGGCGGCGGCGGCGACACCAGCAGCAACAGCACCUGCACAGGUGACGGCCACAGCGCCCACUAUUCCGGCCAAGUUAAGGGGCACGGCUGCCUGGGCAUCAACUGUUGCACACUGGCAGCCGGCUCGGAGACAUCAAUAAACGAAACAUCGUCGUCGGCCUCGUCGGCGGCCAAAGUCAACAAUAAUCUUAACGAGCUACAGGCGCACAAUUAUCACUUCUCCCACUGCCAACCGGUGGACAUUGAGUUCUCAAAUGUGCGCUACGAGGUUCGCAAGUUUUCCUUUGCCGAGCGCAAAUUUGUCACCAAGGAGAUCCUGCACGGUCUACAGGGCGACUUUCGUUCCGGCGAGCUGACGGCCAUAAUGGGUCCAUCCGGAGCCGGCAAAAGCACACUGCUCAACGUGAUGUCCGGGUUCUGCGCAACCGGAGUCACGGGCAAUAUACGCGUCAAUGGCAAACCGAUGGCGACAACCUCUGAUCGGUUUCGCCAGCUCUCGUGCUACAUCCAUCAGGAUGAUCUGCUGCGGCCCCAGCUAAUGGUUGGCGAGAUAAUGCUUUUGGCGGCACACUUGAAGCUGGGCUUCGGCGUCACCAAGGCGCACAAACUGAAUUUGAUAAAGCACAUCUUGUCGCUGCUGGGUCUGGAGCAUCGCUACAAUGUGCACACGGGCAAGCUUUCUGGUGGCCAGAAGAAGCGUCUCGCGAUUGCCCUCGAGUUGAUAAGCAAUCCGCCUGUACUCUAUCUGGACGAGCCAACGACAGGACUGGACAGCUCCUCGUGCAGCUCCUGCGUGGCGCUGCUGAAGAAACUGGCUUCCCAGGGACACACGAUCGUGUGCACGAUUCAUCAGCCAAGCGCACUGAUAUUCGAAAUGUUUGAUAAGCUGUACACGGUUGUGGAUGGGCAUUGCAUGUACCAGGGCCGAAUUCAAGAGUUGGUGCCGUUCCUUGCCGAUCAGCAGCUCGUGUGCCCCAGCUACCACAAUCCGGCGGACUACUUGCUGGAGGUAGCCGUUGGCGAACACCAAUGUGACCUCAACAAUCUGAUAGAGGCAGCGAACAAAAAGUAUUACGAGGAUGCCCAUCAAAAGCCAUACACGAACCAUUUAAAUGUCUCGCGAAUCGUAACAACUAUAAAAGAUUCAAUGAGUGGCAAGAAACUUAAUACGUCGGCUCAAGAGCUAUCCACGCUGGGCAUGUCGCAAUUAGCGAGGUACAGCUAUGUUGAGCCAUCCCAGCAAGAGCUCGGACUGGAGGAGAUCAAGGCGCUCAAUGCCCCAGCGGCAGACGAGCUGGAGCAGCCGCUGGCCGCGGGGACAAUUGCCGACCCCGACCCCGACCCCAGCCAGACGGCGAAGACGUCGAAGAAGCUGCGAACUGAUGUCAUCUCGGCGUCGUUUCUCAUGCAAUAUCUGCUCCUGAUGCAGCGCAUUUUGAUCUGCGCCAGACGCAGCUACUUUCUGUUGCUGGCCCGGAUCGCUUCGCACAUUUUCAUUGGCGUGAUAUUCGGCUACCUGUACAUGAACGUGGGAAACAGCGCGCACUCCGUGCUCGGCAACUACGUCUACCUGUAUGGCUCCAUACUGCUCUUGGUCUACACCGGCAAAAUGGCAGUGGUAUUGACCUUUCCGCUGGAGAUCGAUAUGCUGACCCGGGAGCACUUUAAUCGCUGGUACAAGCUGGGACCCUACUUUCUGUCGCUGAUCUCCUUUGAGAUACCCUUUCAAAGCCUUUGUACGGUUUUGUACAUUGUUAUCAGCGCACGGCUAACGGACAACGAUAGUGGAGAGCCCUUCCGUAUGUAUUACUUCAUAUUGCUGGCCAUAUUGGCCAGCCUCAGUGCACAGGCAUGGGGCUUCUUUGUGGGCGCCACGCUGCCAACAAAGCUUGCCGUCUUUUUGGGUCCAAUACUGGCGGUCAUGUUUUCCGUGUUUGGCUUUUGUACCCGGUAUAUUGACAUAACGCCGCUCUUUCGUUGGAUGUGGCAUCUGAGCUAUUUCCGGGCCGGCUUUCAUGGUGCGCUGAACGCCUUUUACGGCCUGGACCGUGAAUUUCUGGAGUGUCCGGAGAAUGUCAUCUACUGUCACUUCCGCAGUCCCAAAGUCUUUCUUAAGUACAUGAUGAUCUCCGAUGUGCACAUGUCCGACUGCGUCUUGCUAAUGGCCAUUGUAAUUGCCGUGAUGCAUCUGCUGACGGUGAUCACACUCUGGCGCAAGCUGAACAAGCGGUAGGGAAUAGUCUUGUCGUUUAGUUAGUUGCUUAGCCUAGGUUGUAUAUUUAAGUCUAGUUUUAUGUUUUAUGCGUAUACAUAGCUGGUGUCUAUCGUUUGUUUAUUUUUUAUUAUUUUAUUACCGAUUGCGUUUGUUCGUUUUGUUCAAAAAAUAUUUCAAAUAAUUGUAUAUUUAACAUAACUAUUUAUUUACAUUAAGCUCAAGCAAAUUAUCCAUUUAUGUUUCUAUGUUUAACUGUUUAUCUUGCAUCAAAGACAAUAUUAUUAUUAAUACGAACUAUUUAUAAUAUCAUUGGCUUAAUUGUACUCAACAGGCUUUAGGGUAGUGGAUUUUAUUCUCCCAGUGUAGCAUUAAAUUUAGUUUUUAUAAGUGCUGAUAUACCAAAAAGGAACGAACAAAUUACAAAUUCAAUACACCCAACUAUGUAUAAUAGAUAUUCCAAAUUAGCGCUAAUGCGAAAUAGAAGCUUGCCGUUUAUAUAUCUUUUCAAUUUAGCAUGCCAAAUAAAACUUAUUCCGCUCAAAA